CCCCCUCCUUCAUCAUUCCCAGCUGCUGCAAUGGAGAAAGGGGACGGGGUUUCUCGUACAGUGGUGUCCUGGGAGUCUGGUUUGCGAAUGAGACGGCCUCACGCUCCGUGACAUUUGGCUAACUGGCAACGGAAAAGCAUGAAACUCUCUGCCCUCUUUUGCAGGCACUAAUGAGAUUUUUGGUUUUUUUUCAGACUCUUCUAAAACCCAGGAAAGCAAACCUUCCCCCCCACCUCCUUUGUUUCACGUAUUCCUGCUGUUGAAAAAUAGAAGUGGGAACUGAAGUUGUUGCAUGGCAAAGCCAGAAAUCCUGGCAGAGCUGUCUCAGCUGUUGUUGGCAGUGUGCUCGGUGGCAACUCUUUUGCUCGGCCGCAGUUUAGAAAUGAAUUUAGAAAAAAAAAUAUUACCGGAUUGCCUCAGGGGGGCCCGGGAAGCUGCCUGUGUGCUACUGGCAAAUAGUUAUUUUCUUUAAAGUUACUGUCCCCUUUUCUACAACUUUGAUUUCACGUUAUCUGGAUAGAGCUGUUCAGCGAUAGUGGUUGGAUAUCUUUAUAUUUAGUAGUUCGAUCUUGUUUUGUGCUGCAAAAUCCCCAUGUUUCCCACAGUUUUCCAUAGCACUUUUUCACCAAGAGUUUCCUGGAUACGAAGUGGCAGUCGCUCUUCCAAAACCUUCAAACCAAAGAAGAACAUUCCAGAGGGAUCUCACCAGUAUGAGCUGCUUAAACAUGCCGAGGCCACACUUGGAAGUGGUAACCUCAGGAUGGCUGUUAUGCUUCCAGAAGGUGAAGACUUAAAUGAAUGGGUUGCAGUUAACACUGUCGACUUCUUCAACCAGAUCAAUAUGCUUUAUGGAACCAUUACGGACUUCUGCACAGAGGAGAGUUGCCCCGUGAUGUCUGCUGGCCCAAAAUACGAGUACCAUUGGGCAGAUGGGACAAACAUAAAGAAACCAAUUAAGUGCUCUGCGCCAAAGUACAUUGAUUACCUGAUGACUUGGGUCCAGGAUCAACUGGAUGAUGAAACACUAUUUCCUUCUAAAAUAGGUGUACCGUUCCCAAAGAAUUUUAUGUCAGUGGCAAAGACGAUUUUAAAGCGUCUCUUCCGAGUUUAUGCUCACAUUUAUCACCAGCACUUUGAUCCGGUGAUUCAGCUACAGGAGGAGGCACAUCUUAACACGUCCUUCAAGCACUUUAUAUUUUUUGUUCAGGAAUUCAACCUUAUUGACAGAAGAGAGCUUGCACCACUUCAAGAACUGAUUGAAAAACUCACCUCUAAGGACAGAUAAAAGGAAGAGGAUUUUUUUAAUCACUUGUUUCUUUAAGCAAGCGUGUGGUAUCUGUUUUUUUGUUCAUUUGUUUUUUAAAAACAAAAGAAAAACCUGUGCUGUUAUUCCUAACAGCCAAAAUCUACUCUCUGUGCUUUUAUUAGGGGAAAUCUUUUGUCUGUUAGUGACAUGCAGUACAUAGCUUUUUUUUUUUUUGAUAGUUGAUAUUCAUUGUGGAAUUUUAGCAGGUGCUGAAUGUUUGUAAAGGAAAUGUGCUUGGUUGGGGGUUUGACUCUGCUGGUGGAUGGGUUCUGUAUUGUGUCAAUGGUAGCCCAUUCUCUUGAAGUCCCUGAAAGACUUCCUUACAUUCUCUAAGUGCCUUGGCAGACUCACUUCUGAGGUGCAAAGCACAUAUGAUACUGAACAUUGCUGGAAACAGAAAAUAUUAACUAACACCCAAGAUACUUACUGAUACUUGUUUUAGGAAAAAAAAAAUAUAUAUAUACAUAUAUAUAUAAUACAGUAAAAAAAAAAAAGCCAUAACUUACUUAAAUCGAUGAUCUCCAGCUUUUAAUACAAAUAUUUGUCUUAUUUUUUUAGAGAGAUUAAUAUAGAAUUUUUUCAAAACUAGAUAUUUCUUAUAACAAAAAGUGACGAUGAAGCUCCAGUCACCAAAUCAAAAUGAAGAAGGUGGUGUCAAAAUUACAGAGAACCUGUGGUUAGCAAAUAGUUAAUGUCUGUUGCACUGGUUUUUGCUUUUCAUAGUUGCUCUUAUGUUUUUUUUUAACAGGUGAAUAAAAUACCACCUCAAGUCAGGCACUUCCGUUCAAUUUCCAAGCAUUUGCCAAAUGAACUGUCAGUUUGCACAACUACAGUGAGGGAAGAUAGUCACUACUCUAGAGUAAUACUAAGAAAACUCUGCUUUGAAAAAUAACUAAUGAGAUGAUAUUCCUAAGUUAGAAAUAAAAAGCCCAGCUCUGUGAAGAAACUCUGAUGAUCAGUGUUUUCCAAGGUAGGGAAUGUAUCUUGAAGGGAAGAUAAUUUUGUGGACCAUUUAGGAUUAAUGUUAACACAGUGGUGUUCUUCCCUGUUUUAAGUUGUUAACCCCUCUCCAAAGAUUUACAGAACUUUGGAAAAGUAAUUUGAACAUAGCAGCGGUUUAAAAUUUGGCAAGUGCAUCUUUUGUUUCUGAGAAAACGUAACCAAAACGUCUCCUUCCCUCACCUGUGUCAGUCUCUCUGCCUUUCUGUCCUUCUGUUGUCUCAAACCAGACACAAGAAUGGCUUUGUGACAAGUUAACUUUUGGCAGGAUCCACAGAAAGUGGCUUAUAAAUCUCUGCUGCAACUACAUCAGAGUCUGGUUUCCCAUUGCCCAGAUGACUGUUGUUCACUCAUGGGCCUUGUCCAAGCUGUUGUAUUUGGGAUUCAAAGAAAUCUGCAUUAGGUUCUGCAGUAUGUUAUCCCAUGAUAUCACUAGUUGCCAAAUGUAAUGUACUAGAUGAUUAACACUGCCAGGCUUUGCUAGAUUGUGACUCUGCUACAACACCUUUUUUGGACCUUAAUAAUGUGAAUGCAUCAAUUGAUCUGUGUGUACAACCAGAGUAACUCUUGAACCUCAGAAAUUUACAGGUGAAGCCGAGGUUGGUGUAAGGCAGAAAAGUUGAGCAUAUGCUUUGGGUACCUCCGCUUGACUAAAAACAGCAGCCUGCAAAAUAUAUAAGUGGCCAUUAAUAUAGCCAGCUAAGAAAUAUUUAAGCACAAUAACAAAUGUAUGUUCAUUUUAGUGACUAGAAUCAUUACUUUUAAGUUAAAAUAAUAUAUUUCAGAAUCAUCUAUAACUUAUUUUAAGAACAAUGUUAUUCUUCAAUGGAAUUGAAUUUCCUAGUCAGAAUGAAAAUCAGUUUAAACUUGUUACUUCUCUUUUUUUUUUUUCUCACCAGGCUUAAGAGCAGUUAAGAAGACCUAGUAUUGAACUAGAAAAAUGGCCUUGUGUGCUCAUUUCACAGCUUUUCAUUUAGAAAUGGAACCAGCUGUCUUCUUGAAGAGUAGUAAAGAGUAGUCAUGCAGUAGUGUUCAUAGUGAAUUUAAGUUUGGUUACAGUAUAUGUUAGAUAACAGUAACUGCUUGCAAAAUAGCUGCGGUUUAGCCUGUGUAAUUCAGACAGUCCUUGGCUUCAUUAGAAGCUUCAAUAAAGUUCAGAAAACAUAGAAUAUGUUUUGGCUCCUUUGCAGGACAAGGUCGUUGUCCAGUAGAAACUGCUUGUAAGUUAAGGACAUGAGAAAAUUUCAUUUACUCUGUUUCAGCUUCUUGUGUCACACAGAAUGAAGACAUUUUCCUAAUUGUGUGAAUAUCAAAGGAAAUUGCAAUUUUUUCUUAAUGCUGAGAAUUGGGAUUGGAUUGGAUUGAUCACAGUCCACACUGGAAGAAUCAGGUGGGUCAGGCUGAUGAUGAAAAGAGAGUUUUCCCCCAAAUGUUUUGACAAAUUCCAAGUUUCAAACUUGGAAACUUUUCAAAAGAGUAAGGUUUUACCUCUCAGCCAGUAACAAUCUUGACUCUCCCCUGUGUAUACAUAUCGCUGGGAGAUAAAGAAGAGAGGUGCCUAGUAUCUGGUAACUCUUCAGCAAAUUGAGGGAUAGGAAAAGAUCUGCAGGAAAAAACAAACGAGGUACAAACACAAUUUCCUUUUACUUGGGCAAGUCACUUACAGCUGCAGUAUUCACUCCAAUGCUUUUGUCAGAUUUGCUGUUCAUAGGACAUACCUGGUCAGGCAAACAGCCCCGUGAAAUUUUGUUGGCCAGUGGAAGGCUCAGUCAGUGGUCUAACAUCUGAAUGCUGCUGUCAGGGGAUGAGUAACAUGCUGCUAAGAAAGUAGGAGCUCCCAUGAGCAAGAAUCUCCCGUGUGCUGGAAAGUUGCAGGAGUCCUUUGCCCAUGUAUUAUUAUUUUUGGUGCUGUGUGGCAGCUGAGAAUGCAAUACUUGUAGGGACUAUGCACAUCAUCUGUGACAUCUUUUCAGCUGCAGACUUGUUUUUAACUGAGUAGGAUCCUGACAUCUGAUUUGGAUGUGACUGUGAGCCUGGUUGGGCAGCUGUAGCUAGCCCUGGGGGGAGGACUGGAGGGCUCUGUUAGCUCUGGACCGAAUAACACAAAAGACUAACAUCACUGCAGUUACGGAGGUGGAGAGCAUCCUGCUGACUAUGCAAAAGCAGCUCAGCUCCUGAAUUUGAAGUGCGCUUUUUUAAAUGGACUUCAGUCAUGCAGGAAGCUGAAUUUAGAACAUCUUGCACACGCAGCCUUUUAUGCAUACUUCUAACUGAGAAGUGUUUAAUGACUGAAACUUUGAAGCUUGAGAGGGAGAUAGGCAUCCAGCUACAGAGGCGUGAAGAGUGCUGCAGAUGCAGUUUGAUAUUAAAAGUUCGAUAAAAUUACCAGUGAAAACUGCUCAGUGCUGCUCAAUAGGCUGUGUGUGUACAUUCUCUGUGCUGAUAAUGCUUCCUGGAGCCUUUCAGCCAGCGCCAGAGCCCUUGUUAUCACGUUACAAUGAGACUGGAGAGUGGCACAAGUCUGCACCAAGGUGCUAAACAGGAGAUACUCUGCUUCAGAUUUAAAGCUGUCUUACCGGUUUUUGCGUCAAAAGAAGAAUACUUAAAAGUGAGGACUUGCUAUGGUUGAUGCCACUGCAGUUGUUCACCUCAUUUUCCACUCGGGAGUAUUUUUUUUUUUUUUUUUUUUUUUUUUUAAACACCAAAUUCUAUAAAUUCAGAGGGUUCUGCUGCAGUUCAUUGAAUCAAAAUUUGAAUGUAUUAUGAAAAGUAUUAGUCUUAAAGGGAUGGUGCAUUUUUUUUUGUAUUUGGUAUCUGGCACUAAAAGCAGUUUUACAGAACAGUUUCUAGGCAUGUAAUAAAAGCUUGGAGAUCUUGAUUUGUCUGACAGCAGUAUGAACACGUUAAUUAUACAACACUUGAAAAAAACAGCAUUAAAGAUAUGUGUGCAGUGUUUGGGAUUCAGCAUCCCUAUGCUGUUUAUAUUUGCAGCUUUGAAUUUUUUUUUUUUGCUUCAAAAAGAUGUGGGACCAGAAGUUCAUGUGUGUUUACACUUUUGAAGUAAGGGCACAUCAAAACGCUACGCAAAAGUCAUGCUUUACAAGCCGAAUCUGGAUAGAUUGAAUGUGUUUAUAAAAUAGUGCAUUGUCUGGGGGGAGCACACCUCUCACUCCCAAAAAAAACCCCAGAGAAAUGAACCCUGAAGAAAACCUGCUGCUUUAGGCCCAUGUUACAGAUGGAUUCUGUUACCUGUCACGAGCGCUUUGAAACAAAACCUUUCUGCUUCAUUGUCACUGGGAGCAGAAGGUCCUGAUGGGCCGCCAGUGCUUGCUGAGGCCUUUCAGUUAAUAAUGUCCUUAAACUCUGCUGUUUGGGGUGUUUGUCAGCUACCAGCAUACUGAACAUGUCAGUGAUUCUGGUGGUAACUUCAGGAGGUCAUCUACCUCUAGACGGGAUGGGGCAAACUCUGUGAAAUUGAUCACAUUCGGUCACCGUUGCCAAUGUUGACACCGUUGAGAUGGUGUUGGGUAUGCUGUGCUUGCGGUCUUUUACAUUCAAGUCAGGGAUACAAGUUAAUUUUAAUUGCAAUUAAAAAAAUGCCACAUUCUGCUGUUGCAGGUAGCUGAGAGGAGAAAACAGGUUUCAAAGGGCUGACAGCCCAUCUGCAAGUACCAAGUUUCUUUUACUGCUUACUAUGCAAUGUGGAGCUUUGAACUUUAGCUUUUACUUCCAGAUAGAGAGGAGUGCUGUCCUUGUUCAGUAUUUAGGACUGAGCGCUCCAGUCUCCCUGAUGCUCCUUUAACAGGUAAAGGAUACCUAUUUGCUGCUAUGGACUUUACGUACCUUUCAGAUUGUUCCUUUCUGUUUCUUGCCUCCCUCUUCUCUUGAACUACGAGACACAAUUUUAUUCUGAACACAUCCUUUUUGGGUAGCUGUUCUUUUUCUUACCAGCCUCUUUCCCCUUCCUACCUGCCAGAGUGCUCUAUGGCUGUACGUAAACCACCCCCUUUUAGUUGGACUUUUUAAAAAAAGUGCAGUGUGAAUACAGACUCCUUGCUUUUCUUUCACUUAGAAUCACUCUACCCUGAAUCUUGUUUACUUCAUUGCUAUUUUAUUUUUUCUGAACUGUGCUACUAAAACCACUAGCAGUUUUAUGAAUGCCUGCCCUCUUUUCCUGGAUGUCUUAUCUUACGAUAUGAGACUAACAUUCGUCUUUGUAAGUGUGGAACCUUUGUACUGUCCUGCUUUUCUUUCAGCUUCCUUAUACCAGGUUAAGACUGCAGUCUAGAUGAAUGUCGGAUUGCUGUUGUUUUAGAAACAAAUUCCCUGAAUCGUUCACAGAAUAUUGUAUUUUUAGGGGAAAUUAAUUUUUAUAGCCACUAAACUAUGCUCAUUAUUUUUGUAAGUUGGCAACUUCUGCCAUUUUCUGAGCAGUGUGGCAGAGGGAACGCUUCUCUCCGGCUGCUGUGGGACGGCCGCGUUGCUCAGUACUACAGGAGCACAUCCCUCACUGCACACGGGGAGAGAGGAACGCAGUAAGAGCGAGUGAGGUUUCAGUAGAAGGCUAUUUGUAAAGGAGAUUCAUAAAAUAGUACAGAAGCAACACUAACAUUGCCUCCUGUUUUAGAAUCUUUCAAAGUCCGGGGAAAAUGCAUUGCAAAAUGGGGAAUGUGAGACCAGAAUCCUUACUGCACGCUCACCGUGCCAAUGUCGUUCUGUUUCCAGUCACCGAGCGGUAUUUGAGUUUUAAAGGAGAACGGCUUUUGAUUUACAAAAAAAAAAAAAAAAAAAAAAAUUGAAUGUCUGAGAAUCCGCAACGUGUUUGAGAGCUGUAAAUAAUGUAUACAGAUUGUUGUAUGUGACAGGACAAAAUAUUUAAAUUCUAGGUUUUUUUCAACAAGAAGCUGAAGGCUGUUUAUAAGAGAAAAUAAAUAGCUAUGUUUGACCA